AUGUCUGUGAAACUACUUCGCAAAUGGCCUGGAGUCCUUAAGCAGGCGAAUUUCGCUUGCCAGCAUCAGAGGCAUUUCCUAAUUCCACCCAAGGGGGAGGAGGGAGGCAAUGUGAGGGUGGUGAAAAGUGCAUUUGCACCACAACUGGUCUACAAGUACAAUCCACUAAAGUAUUACCUAAGUAAGCUGCGAAUGCUGAAGCUGAGAUGGACAUGGGAUCCCAACUUUAAGGAGCAUGAUUUCCUGGAGAAGUCCAAGCAUGUGGCGGUGUCAUUGACGGAUAAUCUGCGUAUGCGCGAUAUGAAAAAAAUGGAUGACUUCUCGACUUCCAAUGUCUAUUACCAGAUGGCCAAUGAGAGCAUAAAUUUCCCUCACGAUUCCUGUGUGGAAUUGCUGCGAUUUCGCAAACAGGACAUGCGUCAAGUGGUGCCCAUUAAUGUGCAUCUGCAAAAGAUUUUGGGACUAAAGUAUGCCAUCAUUGAUGUGGUCAUGGUGGGACUGCGUCAUGUGGCCGAUUGUGAAACGGAUGCGGAUCUGGAGACAAUGAAGAAAGCACUUGUUGAAAUGGAACCGGAACUUAAAGUACAGUUAGAGGAUCCCAGCUCUCAGUUGCCCUAUGUCUUUAUUGAGCUAUUCUUGCGAUUCAGACGUAACUAUUCCAAUGCUGACCAUAUUUCUGGACAGGAAUUGGCAAACCACACAAACCGUUGGCUCGUAUCGGUGUAUAAAAUCUGCAGAUUCAAUAUAUUUACUGUGCCACCCACAACAUAA